AUGGAAUUUUUACAAAGGUAAGUCUGUUUUUACACCUAGUUUAGCUUGAAAAUGCAAUAAUUGUUCUUAUUUGUCCAAUUUUUCGAUAUUUUUCGCAAUGUUACAUGAUUUUGAUGCAAAUCAGGGUUGGCUAUGGAGAAUUUUAGUUUUCUGGUUGCAAUUUCAGGAAUAAGCGCAAAAUCGUACAUCCCGACACCGGAGUCACUCCAAGGUCAUGAACAUCGAUGUUUUUUUGAACCGAUCGGUAUGCUGUUUUAGAUCAUUAUUGAAUUAUUUUUUUAGAUUUUUGGGUAAAUUUGGACUCCUCAGUGCUAAAGCCUCUCGCAUCCUCGAGUUGAAGAGUUGCUCCACUAUCUCCACGCGGAAUCCGGAUGUUGUUCCGUCUGAUCUUGCCCAGGCCAUGCACAAUGUUUCCGAAGACACCAAGACGAUCAUCAAAUACACCUCUUCCAAGGAAGAUGGAUUGCUUUCCUGGUGUUUCACACAUUACUGA